CAAUCAGCGGCGCUUUCCCGAGCUGCGGAAAGCAGAGCUGGCAUAUGAGCUGGAGCUUUGGAGAUAACACAUAGCUGGAAUCCUGUGCGCCUCUUUUUUCCCUUCUCUCUCUCUCUCUUUCUCUUUCUCUCUGGACUGGGAGCAGCUGUGCCCUGAGGAUAUACCCCCCCUCUUUUAUUUUAUUUCAAUGCGUCUAUUCUUCCCAUUAAAGUUCCCUGUCACCAGUUAGGGCAAGUCAGCUAAGGGGGAAGAAUACAUACUGUCGUUUCCUUGCAACUGAGAGAUGUGCUUCUUGGUCACUGAAAAAUUGGAUAUGUUGACUGUCAUCUCUAUGACUUGAGGUCUUCAACAAAUUUCACUUGACCCUUCUGGGCAAAGGCCAAUCAACUACCACCUGGCUGAGUAGGGACUCGGAAGAUUGUGGUAUAAAAUGUGUGGCUCCAACAGUCAAUUGUGAAGAUCACAGAAUAAACCCCAGCCUCUUCCUCACUUUGCUUUUCAUGAUGUAAAUGAACCCAGUCUCUGACCAAUGAGGAGCUGAACCAUGGACAGGCUAAAAGAAACUUUCUGGACUGUUUUGUUAAAUCAGUUAUUUCCUUCUUCCAUGGGAGCCUACUAACAGAUUAUAGCGGGAAGGCAAAAGAGGUGAAAGGGGAAGAAAACACCUUGAACUGGAAAGCGAUCCUACAAUGAGAAUUACGAGCACAUCUUGUAUCUGCCCAGUCCUAGUUUGUCUCUGUUUUGUGCAGAGGUGUUGUGGAACUGCACAUCAUGGCUCCAUCAAGGUGACCAGAAACCAAACUAAACAUAUAGAGGGGGAAACGGAAGUUCACCAUCGUCCCAAACGUGGAUGGGUUUGGAACCAGUUCUUUGUUUUAGAAGAGCACUUUGGACCAGAUCCUCAGUAUGUUGGAAAGCUGCAUUCCAAUUCUGACAAAGGUGAUGGAUCAGUCAAAUACAUCCUUACAGGUGAAGGGGCUGGGACUAUCUUUAUUAUUGACGACACGACGGGAGACAUCCAUUCAACCAAAAGCCUAGACCGAGAAAAGAAGACCCACUAUGUGCUGCAUGCGCAAGCCAUCGACAGACGGACAAACAAGCCACUUGAACCUGAAUCGGAGUUUAUCAUUAAAGUACAAGACAUCAAUGACAACGCACCAAAAUUUACAGAUGGACCUUACAUCGUUACUGUGCCAGAGAUGUCUGAUAUGGGUAAGGAGAAUAAAUGGGGAUUUGUGUUACUGUGCGCUUGA